AUGAUUAGUAAGCAUUUGCUUUAAUUCUAAAGCGGUUUUCCAAUUUUAAAAAAUGAAUACGUUGAUUCAUUAUAUUUGGUAGGAAUUAUUAUCUUUAUUGUGAUUUGUAAUAUUGAUUAAAUUGAAUAAGAUUGUUGAAUUUAAUAAUAAAGAAAGAAUUGUAAUAAUUUGUCAAAGAUUUUAAUNUACAAGAUAAUUAGAUUAAAGAGGAUUAGGAUGGAAAGAAGACUAAAUUUGUAACAUUUUGUUUUGAAAAAAACAUCAUUCAUUCUAUUUAUAAAUGCCCAUCUGAAUAUCUGAGUAAAAAAAAGAAAAAACAAUUAAGCAGAAGAAUCUCAAGUUCAAUAAGGAGUAGAUGGUAUGAUGAUUAAACAUCCUCUGAUGAAGAAACUAAAAAUUAUUCAGAUCUUGAAGAUUAUGAACACUUUUAUAGCAUAAUUGAAUGGAAAAACUUAUAAGAAGUAUCUUAAUAAAAAAUGACUCCUAAUAAUUUGAAGGAAGAUCAAAAUUCAAAAUAUUAAAAUGAUUUUAAAGAUGGAAGUUUGGAUAAUCCAAAAUCAUGUCUUAGAAAGAUUAAGAAAUUAAAUAUUCUUCUAUAAUUUGAUGAACUGAACAAAUAAGAUUAAAAUGAUGAUUAAUAAACUGAAGUAUGUUCAGAAAAAUUUAAUAAUAAAGAUAAUUUAUAAAAUAGGCCAUAUAUUAUUGUAAGUAAAUUCAAAGAUAGAGGUGAUGAAGAAGAUGAUGAAGAAGUAAGAAAAUUAAAUAUAUCAUAGAUAUCUAUUAAUCUUGAUGAUUUAGAAGAAUUUGAAUGUAAUGUUAAAGAGGAGAGAACCAAUGAAAAAUAAGAUAUAUCUAUGCUAGAUUAAAUAAGAAAAAAAAUAGAUUUCAAGUCAUCUUUUCAGAUUAUUGAUAAAUAGAGAUUAUAAUUUAUUUAUAAAAUUACUUAAGUAGAUUUGGCUGAUACUUUAUAUUUAUUCAUCUCCUAUAAUUGA